CUCCGCAAGGUGCUCGCGGUCUUCGCGUUCGUCGGCGACGAGGUGCGGGAGCUCGGCGAGCUCGCGGAGGCCCACUUCCUGCCGGCGCUGCUGUGCUUCGGCGAGCGGCCGGCGAGCGACCCCGACGCGCCGCGCGCGACGGGCGAGCUCGAGGAGGAGCUCGGCCGCGCGCUGCCGUUCCUCCAGGAGCUCGCGAACUUCGUCGAGCGCUGCCACGCCUGCGCGCUGAACAUCACGCAGCAGCUCGCGGCGCUGUACAGCCCCCUCGAGGCGUCCUACGCGGCGACGUUCCGCGACGUGCGGCUCUGCCCGGCGUUCGAGACGCUCGCGGAUCUGCUGCGGCUGCUGGCGACGGUGGACCGGGCGAUCCAGUCCAACGACGCGCUGGCGACGGCCUGGGUCGAGUACAAGCGCCUCAUGCAGCGCGUGCGCACGGACCCGGACGAGUGGGCCGGCGAGCUCGACGGCGCGGCCGACGGCGCCGCGGCGCGCGCGCGGCUCGCCAAGUUCGAGCGCCUCCUCGCGGACCUCGAGCGGAGCGUGCUCCACGGCGCCUGCUUCAAGGCCUGCGUCGAGAUGGACUUCGAGGAGCUCGUCGACGAGGACGAGGGCGCGACGCGCGUCAACGUCCGGAGCAGCCCGACGCUGCUCACGGAGUUCGAGCGGGGCGUGCGCGGGCUCCUGGAGAAGGUGUCCCUGGGCCUGGGCACGGCGUCGGAGACGACGGAGCGCGAGCAGGUCGUCGGCGUCGUCGCGCUCUACGCGUUCUCGCGGCGCCUCGCGCCGCCGUCCGCUGAGCCGGACGCGAAGUUGUACCGGCAGCUCUGGGCGCUGCAGAGCCGGGCGCCGGUGGUCACGCUCUGCGACGGCCGGUGCCUGCCCUGGUUCGUCGGCGACUUCCUCGCGGAGCACGCGCCGCCGCCGCCCGCGACGGUGCGGAAGCUCGAGCCCGCGCCCGAGGCCGCGGUCGCCGCGCGGCGCGCGGCGUGCCUCGCGCUCGACGCGGCGCUGCCCUCCGACGCGGCGGCGCUCCGCGCGCGCUGCGCGGCCUGGCUCGCCAAGGCCCGGGCGCGCUUCGCGCGCUGCGCGAAGCACGACGCCGUCGACGGCGGCGCCAAGGGCGCGGCCGCGGCCGAGGCCGCGCUCGAGCAGCGCGGCGCGCUCCUGCUCCAGGCGCUCGCGCUCGCGCACGCGCACGCGGCGCUCCUGCGGUCGACGGUGGCGCUCCACGUGGCUUUAGCACUCCCUUUCAGCAAGUCCAUGCUCGCGCCCCUCGCGUCGCUCGUCGAGGGCCUCAAGGCGCUCGACCACGCGGUGCGGCGGCACCACGCGCCGUCGAUCGCCGAGUGCACGUCCGGCGCGCUCCGGGCGCUGAGCGGCGCGCUGGCGGCGCAGCUGGCGCCGCUCAAGGCGCGGCUCGCGCGGAAGAAGUACUCGUCCGCGGGGCGCCUCGACGCGCUCGCGGCCGUCGAGGCCGCGACGCACCUCGUGACGUGCUCCGACGCGUACAGCCAGAGCCGCGUGGGCGUGCUCGAGCUGUGCCUCCACGUCGCCUUCAACGACCGCACGGCGCCGGAGGGGUCGUCGACGACGGGCGGCGCCGCGGAGGUCCGCAAGUGCCGGGACCGCGCGCACGCGCUCCUCCGGCGCCUCGGGCUCCUCGCGGCCCUCGAGGCGAAGCUGCGGAAGGCCUGCGACUGCUCCUGCGUCUACUGGAGCCGCGAGCUCUUCCAGCCCAUGCUCGACGUGCUCCUGGACGAGCCCGGCGGCGUCAAGCGGUUGCCGCUCUUCGUGUUAGCCGUCAGCGACGUCGCGCCGGCGUUGAGGGCCGCGCAGCACGUCGACGACGCGGAGAGUUCAUUGGUAGCGGGCUGGACGGCCUUCGUCUUCGAGGCCCUCGAGGCGGCGCUCGUGACGCCGCUCUGCCACCGCGUCGAGAACGAGCUGCGGCUCCGGGCCCACGCGCUCGGCCAGGCGCGCGGCGCGGGCGCGACGCGGCCCGACGCGCCGUCGCCGGGCGUCGUCGACGCGCUCGUGCUCCCGCCGCUCCGCGUCCUCGGCCGGCGCCUCGACGUGAAGCGGCGGCUCCAGCGCUACCUCGAGAAGGUCUUCUACGACCUGACGGUCGUCGCCCUCCACGACUGGAGCACCUACGCGGAGAUGAAGCAGCUCUGCCUCGAGACCUACGGCGUCGCACUCCGCGACAACCACCUGCCCAUGGGGUCGCUCGACGUGGGUCUCGACGUGCUGCGCAUCAUGCAGAACAUCGACGUCUUCGUGAGCCGCUUCUCCUACAACCUCAACCAGCAGAACUUCGUCGAGCGGCGCCCGGACCGCGGCUCCAAGAACAUCCGCACGAUCAACAUCCGGUCCAUCGCCGCGUCCCUGAAGCAGCACGGCCUCGGCGUGCUCAACACGACGGUGAACUACACGUACCAGUUCCUGGCCACGAAGUUCCACGUCUUCAACCAGUUCCUCUACGACGACUACAUCCGCUCCCACCUGUCCAAGGAGCGCCGCUGGUUCCGGAAGCACCGCGAGUCGUGCGACGCCAUGUACCCCUACGACCGCGCGGCGAAGUUCGCCAAGGACGUGCGCAAGCUCGGCGUCGGCGACGACGGCCGGUCCUUCCUGGACCACUUCCGCGUGCUCAUCACGGAGAUCGGCAACGCGCUGGGCUACGUCCGCAUGGUCCGCUCCGCGGGCGCGGAGUUCUGCGCGGACGCCGCGCGCUUCGUGCCCGACUUCGACGACGCCGCGGAGCUCGCUAAAACCGCGGCCGGCGACGCCUGGCGCGACCCCGACGGCGCGGCGCCGCCCGCCGGCGACGGCGCGGAAACCGCGGAGCCCGCGGCGGAAUCGUCGACGAACGGCUUCGCGCCGCGCACCAAGGCCGCGGCCGCGAACUUCGGCGAGGUCAUCGCGACGCUGAGCAAAAAUUUUGCCGAGGGCCGCGACUACUUCAAGGUGCUGGUCAACGUCUUCAAGAAGGUGCUCCUCGCGGGCGACCACGCGCACCUCGACAACUUCUACACGAUCGUGCCCGCGCUCUGCCUCUCCUGGGUCGAGGCUUCCCUCGUCGCCAAGGACCGCAUGUUCAAGCAGAACCGGUCCAAGGAGGCCUAUUAUACGGAUGACGGCUUCGCCGUGGGCGUCGCCUACGUUUUGGCGAUCCUCGAGCAGGGCUCGCGCUUCGACUCGCUCCACUGGUUCGAGCGCGCCAAGGAGAAGGCGCGCAAGGCCGCGUCGUCGACCUUCGGCUUCCUCAGCGGCGCGAGCGCGCCCAAGGACGACGACGACGACGAGGAAGAGGAGGCCGCGCGCGCGGUGUCGACGCUCCAGCUCACGGCGCGCCGCGUCCACGCGGCGAAGCGCGAGAACGAGCUCCUCUUCUUCUCCAUCUCCGGCGCACGCGUCUUCUUCCGCCGCGACGAGUGA